CCCCCCAGAGCUCAUUGUGGGGUCUCCCCCACCUCUCUGCCUCCAGGUCUGCAAACGCAGCAGAGAUGCCGAUGGAAGGGGAGCCCAGCAGUCUGGCCAAAGUCGCUCAGCUCGUCAUCCUGUCUCUGGCCUGGGGGAUGCAGAUAUGGGUCACCUUCAUCUCAGGGUUUGUGCUGAUCCGGAGCGUGAGCCGACACACCUUCGGCCUGGUCCAGAGCAAGCUCUUCCCCUUCUACUUCUACACCCUGGUGGCCUGCGCCGUCCUCAACCUCUCCAUCUUCGCCUGCUACCACCCCCGAGAGCUGCUGAGCACUGGGGAGACCCUGCAGGUACCAUUGAGGGGCCAGGCACAGCCCCGGCCCCUCGCGAGCCGGCCACCCCCGGGCAGGGGGGUCGCGCCCCUUCAUGUCCGCUCCCUGCCAUCGGUGACUUCCAGGGUUAGCUGAAAAUGGGAAAGCGGUUAAAGUGCAGG